UAUGAGGUGGCUUGUUUGUAACCGAUCGAGAAGUGAAAAAAAAUGGUGGAACCAAUACCAAAGGCAGUGAGAGAUGUUUGGGACAAAUGGAACAUCCGUGGCCUUGUGAUCUUCAGUCUUGUCCUUCAAGCAAUCCUUGUUCUCCUCUCACCAAACCGAAAACGAACACCCAAGAGACUCUUCCGGCUUCUCCUCUGGUCUGCUUACCUUUUAGCCAACUGGGCAGCUGACUAUGCCGUCGGACAGAUCUCAGAUAGCUCAGGAGACCCCCCUGAGCCCAACGAGUCCCCCAAGACCAACGAGCUUUUAGCUUUCUGGGCAACGUUUCUCCUCUUACACCUUGGUGGUCCUGACACCAUCACCGCUCUUGCUCUUGAGGAUAACGAGCUCUGGCUCAGGAGUUUGUUUGGUCUUCUUUGCCAAUUCAUGGCUACUCUCUACGUGUUCUUGCUAUCAAUACCCACCAGUCUCAUGGUACCUACAUCCCUCAUGCUUGUGGCUGGAGUCAUUAAGUAUGUUGAGAGGUUAAGAGCCAUGCGUGGAGCUAGUCUCAAACGGUUCAAGGAUUUGAUGCUUGGAGACCCCGAACCUGGAAUCGACUACGUGAGGUUCAUGGAAGAAUACAAUACAAGGAAGCUUUCUAAAGAGCCUACCCGUUUAGUCAGGCUAGAGGAGCCUGAGAAAGAGCAAGGAGUUGAUGCACCAGCAAGACCAGAGGUUAUGUCCCAUCUACAUGUUGUGCAAUAUGCUUACAAGUACUUCAACAUCUACAAAGGUCUUGUGGUAGAUUUCAUUUACAGCUCUGAGCAGUGGAGAGAAAGCAAACACUUCUUUCAGUCCUUAUCCGCUGAAGAAGCUUUAAGGAUUCUAGAAGUUGAGCUGAGUUUCAUGUACGGAACGUUUUUCACCAAAACUGACAUCCUUCACACCUGGAUCGGAUCUGCCUUCCGGUUUAUAGCCUUGUGCUGCCUUUUUGCAUCACUCUUCAUCUUCAAAACAUUGAGGAAAGAUGGUUAUGAUGAUUUUGAUGUUGCCCUUACUUAUACUUUGCUCUUUGGUGGAAUCACACUAGAUUUCAUUUCCAUACUCAUAUUCUGUGUAUCUGACUGGACAUUUGCUAGACUGAGGAAGGAGCUGGAUUAUAAGAAAGAAACAAAGCUUGACAGAUCUCUCAACUGGCUACUAGGUUUCAGGGAACUGAAGUGGAAGAAGUGUUCAUGUCACAAACAAGAACAACUCUGUCACACUGUGCUUGAUAGAAUCUUUAUAUUUCGGAGAUGGUCUGAGCACAUAUAUGCAUACAAUCUCAUCGACUCCUCCCUGAAGAUAAAGCCAAAGAGAAUCCACCACACCAAAGGUUACAUACACCGUUCCUUUGACUACAUCGUUACAACACUGUACAUAGAUCACACCCUCUCUAUCAUCAUCAGAGUAUUAGUCUUAACUUCUGAAGCCUUGACUCAAAUCCGCAAGAAGAUUGAGCUAUACAUCUUCUCUAUGUACAUCAAGAACAAGGCUACGUAUUAUGUUCUUUCCCCUCUCAGGCUUUUGCUUAGAUUCUGGUUUGUGAUUCCAUUGCUCAGCUAUCUCCUGGAGUUUCUCGGCGUCCCGGACAAGCUUAAUGAGAUAGUAUUCACGUCUCAUACACGCCUCACCAAAGAGCUUUGGGAGUUUAUAUUUGAAGACGUGAAGUACAAGUCACUCUUGGUUGUUGGCUCGGAAAAUGCAAGCCCUAUCUAUUCAGCUAGAGGUGAGUGGACUCUAGCCGACAUGAACAUAGAGAUAGAUGAAGAGAAGCUUCUCCGAUAUGUAACUGAUGUUGAUUACGAUCAGAGCAUUCUGGUGUGGCACAUCGCCACUGAGAUGUUACACCAAACGGAUAAUAUAGCCUUUUCAUCAUCAGACAGAUGUAGAGAGUUGAGUAAAACGCUUUCGGACUACAUGAUGUACCUCCUGAUAGUGCAGCCUUCUCUGAUGUCAACGGUUGCUGGAAUCGAUAAGGUAAAGUUCAGAGAUGCAAUAGCUGAAGCGAAGAACCUUCAAGAGGCUAAAAAGUUGUUUCAGAGGACGCAUGUUGCGGAUUCAAGAGACGCGAAGAUUGCAUGUGAAGCAAUUAUAGGUUCAUAUAAAUCAGUUGAGGAAAGGAGCGAGAGUGGUAGUAGAGAGUAUAGAAGCAAGUCUGUGCUGUUCCAAGCGUGCAUGCUAGCGAAAGAGCUUAAGAAGAUUCAAGAGAUUCAAGAAGGCAGUGAUCAUAAGAUGUGGGAAGUAGUGAGCAAAGUGUGGGUGGAGAUGCUUUGCUAUGCAGCUACUCACUGUGACUCUAAACAACAUGCAGCGCAGCUCAACAGAGGUGGUGAACUGAUCAACUUGGUUUGGCUUUUGAUGGCUCACUUUGGACUAGGAGAGCAAUUCAGGACUACUAAGGAAGAUUCUAGAGCUAGACUCAUCCUUGAAAAAACUACCACUUCUUGUCUUGUUUAACAGAUCGGUUUUCUGCAGGUCAUGUUGUCUUUUAACAUCUUUGGAUGUUCUUGAAAACAAAAAAAAUCAUAAUAUAAUUCCAUCUUCUUUAACUUCUUCUCAACCCACUGUGACUCUAAACAAUUUCAUAUUUUGCUCUGGCCGAGUCGUG